AGGUGUCAAAGCGGGUCGAAACAUGCUCACCUAAGAUGGCGAAGAAUUAAAUAAAUCAAAGCAAAACAUUUAUAUGUUUAGAAAAUAGGAAAAAUUCCAGGGGUGUGGCUGUUAAAAAUAAUAAUUAUAGAAAGCAAUGCACGGGAUAAUCGGUUAGUUUACUCGAGGAAUUCCAUUUUUUUUUUCAAUUUACAUAAAUUUAACGAGGCCACAGUGGUAAUUAUUAUUGUGCUGGAGGCUGGAGAUAAAAGUUAUUAAACUUUGAUCGUUUACUGCUACUGCUGGCGGAAUUCAUGAGUAAUUUCUUAUUUAAAGUGAUUGCUUAGUAUUAAACAUGACAAGUGGAGGAACCAAUGUUUUGCAGGAUUUGUUUUGUUAAUAAACAAUGUCCAGGCUAGCAGAUUAUUUUGUUGUUGUGGGCUAUGAUCACCAAAAAGAAAGAAGUGGCAUCAUCUUACAAAGAUUUCCUGAAAAAGACUGGCCAGACACUCCAUUUAUAGAAGGAAUAGAAUGGUUUUGCCAACCUCAAGGAUGGACCCUAUCCACAGAAAGGCAAGAGCCAAGAUUCUUUGUCUCUGUCUUGACAGAUAUGGAUGCCAACCGCCAUUACUGUGCCUGUCUGUGUUUCAAUGAAACUGUCUCUAUAACACCUAGCAAACCUGUAGAUGAGGAAGAGGAUACAAUUGAAGGAGACUCAGUGCUCCUUAAACCGAUUAUUCCAUCAAUAUCUCAUAGUAGCAUUAUGUAUGCACCCAAAUGUCUUGUGUUAGUCUCCAGGUUGGACUAUAUUGAAACUUUUCGGAACUGUUUGGGCAUAAUUUAUUGUGUCUACAUAGAAAACAUGCCUGUGCCUCUUGAGACUUUAGUUGGUAACAUCUUGGGGUGUAUACAAGUACCUCCUCCUGGGGGACCUCAAGUACGAUUCAGUAUUGGUGCGGGUGAUAGACAGGCAUUGCAACCACCUCUUUCUCCUUCACUUCCAGUUACCCAUACCUCUGUAAAUUUACUUUUUCAGCAAUUGGGGAUCCGUAAUGUUUUGACAUUGUUUUGUGCCAUAAUGACUGAACAUAAGAUAUUAUUUCACUCUAAGAGUUACAAUAGACUAACAGAAGCGUGUAGAGCCUUAACAGCACUGAUGUACCCAUUUCGAUACACCCACGUUUAUAUCCCACUGUUACCCGCCCCGUUAAUCGAGGUUUUAUCUACACCCACCCCGUUUGUCAUGGGGGUGCAUUCGUCCCUGAGGGCCGAAGUUGCCGAACAGAUGGAUGUAAUAGUGGCGGAUCUGGACGGCGGUUCCAUUAUAAUCCCAGAUGGUAUUUCGGUACCGUUACUAUCCGAGCCGUUAUUUACCAGCAUACAGGAGGCGCUCAGUUUAAUAUUGCAACCGGAACUGAGUUGCGCGGACCACGCUUUUCCCCCGUUAGCGUUAAGGGCCCCGCAAACGAUUAUGCUGGAUAAGGAAAUUCGGGCGGUUUUUAUGAGGACGUUCGCGCAGUUGCUACAAGGAUAUCGGAGUUGUCUGACGUUGAUUAGGAUUCACCCGAAACCAGUCAUCACUUUUCAUAAAGCUGCAUUUCUAGGCGAGCGAAACUUAAAAGAAUGUGAUUUUACAACUAGAGUGUUAGAUUGUAUGUUUUUCACCAGUUUCGUGUCGGAACGAGGGCCACCCUGGCGACCCUGCGACGUAUGGGACGAGCUCUAUAGUAACCUGAACGAUUUACUGAAAAAAGAACACCAGGAUCCCAGGCUCGUAUUGGUCCAUAUUCAAGAGCUCGCCGCGCAACUUUACACCAACGAGAUACCCAAUCCGCAGUCUUACGCGCAAAAGAUUCCAGUGCCCCCAGAUGGCGCAUUCGCCAGAAUUCACCAGCCGGCCUUGCCAACGAUUAACGUGGAACUGGUGCAAAGUAUCAUUAACGAAGGGAUGACUAAGAACGACUUGAAAACUAGUGACGAUCUUAGUUGGCUUUCCUCGCUAAGGCCCAGUCAGCCCCGCAUCGUGCCUAUGGGGCCGCACAUAUCAAACUUGAGAGAUAACAAGAACAUCGUCAGUAAUUCGGCGCGACGAUUGGAAGUUUUACGGAAUUGCGUUAAUUGCAUCUUUGAAAAUAAAAUAUCUGAUGCGAGGAAAACUUUACCGGCCGUACUGAGGGCGUUGCAGUCGAAACAGGCCCGGCUUGCCCUGUGUAACGAGUUGUCUCAGCAAGUUAGUGGGACCAAAGCGAUGUUAGAGGAUCAGCAAUUUGAGUUGGUGGUGCGCCUAAUGAACUGCGCCCUCCAAGACGACAGUUCCAUGGACGAAUACGGGGUGGCGUACGCCCUUUUACCAUUAGCCACGAUUUUCUGUCGGAAAUUAUGCACUGGAAUCAUACAGUUCGCGUAUACGUGCAUCCAAGAGCACCUCGUGUGGAAGAACCAACAGUUCUGGGAGGCGGCGUUCUAUCAGGAUGUGCAAAACGAACUGAAAGCUCUCUACGUUACCAAAGUGGAUAAUGUCGGGCCUAACGAUCGACUCAGUCCGGUUUCUCCAAGGGAUAGGGACCAUACGUGGCACAGGAGGUCUAUGCUCAGGAUGCAAGAGAGUUCUGCGUUGGAAAUAGCUGCUGAACAAAUGAGAAUAUGGAAUUCGAUUGAUUCAGAAAAGCAAAAAGAACUAGUCACUUGCGAGGAGAACACCAUGUACAGUCAAGCGAUUCAUUACGCUAACAGGAUGGUUUAUUUGUUAAUUCCUUUGGACAUCGGCAAUAAAACCAGCAAGCAAGAUCCGUUCGAUGACGAGAGGGCGAGCAAUAGUAUAGCAAACAGCGUAAUUUACAGUGUUGCAGAGAGCGACAGCGCGGACGCGGAGUCCGGUUUCGAAGAUCAAGUGCCCAGUGAAACCGGCACCACCGUAAUUCGGAUCGUUUCCCGAUUUAUCGAUCGGGUGUGUAACGAAGGCGGUGUAACAAGGGAACACAUAAGAAACCUCCACCAAAUGAUCCCGGGGGUAGUGCACAUGCACAUCGAAACACUGGAGGGUGUUUACAAGGAGUCGAGGAGACGUGCCCCCAUACAAAAACCAAAAAUCCUAACUCCGAACCUGUUGGUCGGCGAGGAGUUUAUUAUGGACGGAUUACGGGUAUAUCUGCUUCCCGAUGGAAGGGAAGAAACUAUUCCAGGUCCGUUAGGAGGACCGCCUCUGUUACCCGCAGAGGGUGCAAUAUUCCUUACUAACUAUAGAAUCAUAUUUAAAGGAACUCCCUGUGAUGCGUUUGCUUGCGAGCAAAUAAUCGUAAGAUCAUUCCCGGUUACUUCGCUUACUAAGGACAAGAAGGUUGCCGUACAGUAUUUGGCCCAUUUGGAUCAGUGGCUACAAGAAGGACUACAGUUAAGGUCCUGCACGUUUCAAUUGAUGAAGUUGGCGUUUGACGAGGAAGUCACCGCUGAAAAUAUAGAAACUUUACGGAAACUGGUACAUAAAGUGCGACAUCCGCCUAGUUUUUGGCACUUUUUCGCUUUUGCCGGGCAAGUGACCGUUAACGAAACCCCUCUGCACAAGAGCAAAGAGAAAAAUGCGACCCUCAAGGGUUUCGCCAAGAAGACCCUUUUGAAGACCGCGAGGAAGGCUGGGUUUAAGCCAAAAUCGUCGUCGAAAAGGCAAAAAUACGUUUUGCCCAACGUGACAGUUAACAAUACCAACAAGUACAUGACCUCCCCGGGCAGAAUGAGCCUUCCCAUUGAAGAUUUCGCCAACGACGAUGACAUUUCGAUGGACGAUUUUGAAAAUAUGCCCAUCCCACUUACUCCCGCGACGACAGACGCGAAAACUUUGGAACGUAUGGUCGAAAGGAGUUACGUUAGGGAUUGGCAAAGGUUAGGAAUAUGCAACAAUACGUCCCCAUUGAACACCAGGGGUGCCCAGGACCACUUCCGUCUCACCUCCGUCAAUUCCACCUACUCGAUGUGCAGAAGUUAUCCGGCUUUGUUGGUGGUACCAACGGGUAUAACGGACGAAAGCGUCCGGAGGUUCUGUAGGUGCUCCAGACAAGGCCGGAUACCAGCGAUCACAUGGAGACACCCCAGGACCAAGGCUUUACUGUUACGAGGUGCUGGUCACCAUGGUAAAAGCGUAAUGGGUAUGCUCAAAAGCCAUCCCGCCCCAAACGCCUCCACGGAAACAACAUCCUCAAACGAGCAGGAAAAGUACCUUUCGGCUAUCGUGAGUGCAACGCCGCUAUUUUCCCAUAGGCCAGGAUGGGCCAUGUCGGAUAGUUCUUUGAGCAUCGAUUCGUUGUUGCUGGCCGCCGAGGACCCGUUGACUUGCGCCACUUUAACGCCAGAGGUCGCCAGAAGGUCGAACGCUUUUAAUAAAGCUAUUGGGACUUUGGGCGUUUUUCCGCGUCAUUCGGGAGGCAAAGGCCCGAAAAACUUCGGAGGCAGAUGGGGCUCGUUAAAAGACCGACGUCAGCCCUCUCAGGCCUCGCUGGCACAGGGCCAACAAAACAGAACCAACAUCAGACAUUCCACCGAUAUCGAUAACUCUAACGAGGGUGUGCACACGUUACAAAGGGCCGCCUUGUACAUAUUAGGAGAAAAGGCUCAGAUGAAAGGCAUAAGGAUGGAAUCGGCCCCGAAAACCGAUUUCAUCCCGGUGGAUUAUUACGACGUGCGACACACGAAGACGGCGUUUAAAAAGUUGAUGCGCGCGUGCAUACCCAGCUCGCAGAACGAGGAACCCGAACACAGUUUUCACAAGCUCGUGGAAAGCUCAGAAUGGCUACAGCAGAUCCAAAACAUUAUGCAACUCUCGGGAGUGGUGGUGGACCUCCUGGAUUACGGUUCGAGUGUCGCGAUAUGUCUGGAAGAAGGUUGGGAUAUCACGGCGCAAAUCUCGGCUGUGGCGCAGAUUUGUUUGGACCCCCAGUACAGAACUAUUGAAGGUUUUCGGGUUUUAGUGGAGAAGGAAUGGAUCGGGUUUGGGCACAGGUUCAGUCACAGGAGUAACUUAAACGCCAACUCCCAAGCCAGCGGCUUCGCCCCCACCUUCUUACAAUUCCUGGACGCGGUCCAUCAGAUCCAGAAGCAAUACCCGCUCGCCUUCGAAUUCAACGACUUCUACCUGCGGUUUCUCGCUUAUCAUUCGGUCUCUUGUCGCUUCCGGACGUUUUUGUUCGACUGCGAGGCGGAACGGGUCGAGUCGGGCGUAGCAGCCGUAGAGGACAAACGCGGUUCCCUAAAUUCCCAUCAUAAAACCAUCGAUACCACUUCGGACGAUGAGAAUAUUUAUCCAGGAGGGCGUUUGUGCGGCACCAAUAUAGGAGCCAACUUGGGACAGAGCAUUUUUGACUAUAUCGAGAAGCAACACGCGAGAAAUCCGUUGUUUUUUAACUUUAUGUACACGCCCGAUUUUGAACAUCCCGUUUUGAGGCCCCAAAGUUAUCUUCCUAGUCUUGAGGUGUGGGAUUAUUACUUGGGCGAAGAUCUUCAUCAUGGACCGAGUUAUGACCCGGAAGUAAUUCAAAUGGAUACGCAGCAAGAGGAAGAAGCGGAAGCGGCCGAUGGAUCUAGUAAAUCUUCUAGGAAAAUUGUUAAUUUAGGGUAUGAUUGUAUAGAUAAAGUGAUCCCAGACGCUUUCAGUCAUUUACUUGAGGAAAUUCAUAAGUUGGAAAUGGACUUGGGGCAUCUGCCCCAGAAAUGGAAGGUGCUAUGGGACAAGUUGGAGCUGCCCGUCACGGAUUCUUUGAAUAGACACGCCUCGUUUAGCACUGCCCUUGUUAGAUCUCACGGAAGACUGGUACAUAAACGAUCGACUCUUGAAAUAUUAAUGCGAGGGAAAAUGGUGGGCGCAGCCGAGUCUUCUCUGGUAUAUUCGCACCCUCACAGGUUCGAAAGGUACAACUAUACCACCCCUACACAUUGUGAUUCUUGCUCGAAUAUUUUAUGGGGACCUGUUAAGACGGGGAUGAGAUGCAUGGACUGCGGCUACAGUUGCCACGAGAAAUGUACGGAGGGCGUCCCGAACAAUUGCACCAAAUACAAGGCGAUAUCGGAUAAUUCGACCGCGCAAACGAUGCAAGUGAGCGGGGGCGAUAACGGUUCCGUAAGUUCGGGCAGCGCCCGUCAAACCUCCAGUCAACAGUACUACGAGCAGUUCUCGUCCAAUGUGGCGGAAAAUCGAACCCACGAGGGUUAUCUGUACAAAAGGGGCGCCUUAUUGAAGGGAUGGAAGCAACGGUGGUUCGUACUCGACUCUAUUAAGCAUCAGCUACGUUAUUACGAUGCCAUGGAAGAUUCGCACUGUAAAGGCUUUAUUGAUUUAGCGGAAGUUAUGUCGGUAAACUCGGCCUCUCCUGCACCCGGUCCGCCCAAGAAAACUGACGAAAAAUCAUUUUUUGACCUACGCACCAAUCGUCGCACGUACAACUUCUGCGCGUCCGACUCCAGUGCCGCCCAAGAAUGGAUAGAAAAGAUCCAGGGUUGCUUGCAAUAAAUCAAUUCUCCAUAAUACUCCAUUGAAUCCAAAGAAAAAGGUUAGAUAGUCAUAUUUAAUGUUAUAUAUAUAAAUAUUAGUUUCUUUAUGUUUUAUCGGUAAGUUUUUGAAAACGCGCUUCUGGUGUAUUGCUCAAUUAAAAAAAAAACCGUAUCAGCUUUUUCUGUGUCGUCGUACAAAUUAAAAUAGUGUUUAUCUCACUCUAAUUGUAUCGCUUUAUGAUGUCUCCUAAGCUGUUUCCAAGAACUUCCAACCUUGGUUAGGUUAAAAACCCUAAACGUUUUUUUUUUUGUUUAUGUUCAAUCUUAAAGAGGAAAAAGCACAAAUUAUUUUUAUUUUUUAACUUUAAGUUUUUGUAUUAUAGUAAAAUUUUAUAUUUU